UUGCACCACUGAGCUGCUGUCAUGUGAUAGCUCGUCCGAGGAGCUGCUGUUAACAGUAGCUUCCUACGUUCAGACGGAUCUAGAGUAAAACCACGCAGGAGACAAGUUGUAUGUUUCGUUGGAGAAGAUAAACACGGCUCGUUUCUGACGGAGACGCUGGGGUUGUGUAGUCUCGGACGCGGUCAUGGGUUGCUGUUACAGCAGCGAGAACGAUGCCACAGAGGAGGAUGCUGAGGCACGUAAGCCGCUGAUCCCCCACCCGAACCCUGUCAGCAAACCCCCAAAUGGAACAGACUGGAUUACUACCAGUGUCCCCUCAGCGCGGACAGAUGAACAGGCCCUCCUUACAUCCAUCCUCACCAAGACAGCACAGAACAUCAUUGAUGUCGCAGCCGCUGACUCUGUCAUGAUGGAGCAGCAUGAAUACAUGGACAAAGCUCGGCAAUACAGUACAAAGCUGGCUGUGUUGAACAACAGUCUGCCCCAGAAGAAAGCCCUCACUCUCCCCUCGCUCACCAGCCAGCCCCACCAAGUGCUUGCAAGUGACCUGGUGCCAUACUCAGAUGUUCAGCAGGUGUCCAAGAUAGCAGCCUACGCUUACAGUGCAAUCUCUCAAAUCAAAGUGGAUGCUAAAGAAGAACUGGUGGUCCAGUUUGCCAUUCCCUGAUUCUGCGACUCUGGCCCGCAUAUUUUUCCUCCCAUCCCGCUCUCUCUGUGUCACUUCUGCAUCCUCACCCUCCAGCUCACCCUUGAUUAAAGCAUCUUGGUCUUUUUGCUUCUUAGCUAUGCCUCUAACUGCUACAAAGACAGAGACAAUGUAGGAUUGCACCCUAUGGCUGUCCUUUAGUGUACUUUAUGGGUCAGUGAUGACGGUCGUCAUGGGCAGUGGAAGAUGGUCUACUGUGGAUGGGGCCAUUGGGGUGUGAUCUCAUAUUUACAACAAGGCCUCCUCUGUACGUUAUGUGUGGACGACAGGCUUUGUCAGAACCAGCUGUGGAAAAAGCAUCAUGCAUCCUUCUCGGUGAUCUCUCUCUCUCUCUCUCCUAUUUUUUUUUUUUAUGGGUUUCAGGGUCGUCUCAGCAUCUUUAUUUUAUUAGUUUCCCUAGCCUGUAUAAUCAGUAUACUCCCCACCUAGACUGUUAAAGGCAUGAAAGAAUGUUCACCUGGAGAGAGCUGCAGAAUUUUUGGCACAUUGGCUAGUGGUGUAUACUUGAUAGAGGAAUGGAAAUUAUCACAGAACCAUAGGUGCAAGUCCAAUGGUUGUGUAUUUUAGCCAUUAACCUGGAUAAAAACUUGCAACAUGGCUUAAGGUUUGCACUUCAUAUAUAUUUAACUCUGUUUUGUCGUCUUGGGAUGACACUGCCCUUUCAUUCACUCAUUGUUUCUCCUUGCAAAAAACAACAAAAAUCUAUAAAUUGGAGCCCAAAAAAAGGAGAAUAUGUUUUCUCUUAAGGUUAAGAUUUCAUUAUAAUUUGGUAGGUUGUAACACUAUGAUCCUGAUAUAUGCCGGCAUCAAACAUCUCGGUAAUCUGGUCUCACUUUGCACCAAGACCCAUAUCUCACAAAACCUAAACGUGCACCAGUAAACUAACCUGACUGAGGUAAUUUCAUUCACAUUUCACUGUAAUAAUGUUUGAAACUGGCAGUGAAAUGGGUUGCGUUGGUUAUUUGUUGUUCGCUGUGUAAUCUCUUCUUCCAGUUGAGGCCAAAUCAUGAGUGACCUGUCCAUGGCUGGUGUCCCGUGGUGGGUGAGGCUGCGAACGGUGGGGCUAGGGGGCCAGUUAAUGUCACUGUGAGCGGGAAAAGAAGGAGCUUUCUUGGGGUGCAAGUUAUUAAGUUUACAGGCAGUAAUGUGUCUUUUAGCAUUAACAGAAUGAGCUGGCAGACUCUUGAAAUCAAAUCCCAGAACUUAUUUAAUAGCAGCGGAGGCAUACAGACAUGGAGGGGCGUGGAUGGUGCAGGGACAGAUAUUGUGUAUUCAUGCCUUUGUACAGAAUUUUCUGGUUGAAUAUAGAAACAGAUGAUGGAUUGUUCCUCUUUUCAUAGAGGGUUCAUUGGUCAGGAUAGGCUAAAAUCUUGUGGUGAAAAACAUUUUUAUGAAAAACAAGAACUCUUUUUAGGCUUGUGUUUGUCAGCUUUUAAAAAAAGCUUUUUGCUGCAGAUUGUAAUAAGAUUGAGUUGUUCCUAUUAAUCAGAAACUAACCAUUGUAGCAGUGUGGCAGAGCGUUAACAAUCCAUGUACCACCACAGAUAAAAUGAUCCGAGACCUUUUUGUGAUUAUUUAUUUGUGUUUUUAAAUGUAUAUGCGUGAGCAGGGAGCACGGAGAGCCGCUCUCGAGUCUCUAAAGGGAUGAUCUGCAAGGCCGUGAUUAUUUCAACCAACAAUUGAUUUGAGCUUUUUACAAUGGGUUCUUGGCAAUUUUUUUUGUUAUACUACCUGAAAUAUGUUUAUAAUAUCUUAGGCUAGUACCAAAAAGUUUUAAGAGUUUGGGUUUUUUGUUUGUUUCUUGGUUCAUUAAAGAUUUUCAACAUAA